AUGUACGAGGAAGUCUGCCUCCUCUGCGGCCGGCCAGUUACCGUCGACGGACGCGCAUACUGCAGCGACGAGUGCGAGAGCCUUGACACGACCUCGCCCUCCAUCUCCACCUCCUCCAGUGCCUACGCCUCGCCGUACCUCCGCUCAAACAAUGGCCCAAGCAGCCUUGUCGACGUCCCGGCUCUCGUGUCGUCUGCCAUCGGUCGGUCACUCCAUCCCGGCACCGCGUCAAAGCACAAGAGCCGCCAUUCCAUCUCUUCGUCCUCGACGUCGUCCGCUAUCUGGUCUGUCUCCACGGAGGAGGAGGAUGAGCUUGCUAGCGCCGGUCCGGACGAAGAGUUGCUGGGUAGUGCCGUCUACGGUGCCGAAGGUGCAAAGUCUGCAGAUCCUCUACUCUAUCCGUAUCCGCCACGCGGCCAAGGGCUCUCUUACGCCCGACGCCCAUCUGGUACCAACCAGCGCUCGACCAUUCCGACAUUGAACCGACAUGCAUCGGCGACUUCGAGUCCCUUCGCGGGCAGCACAGGCUCGCCGCGCAGCGCACCCCCGCCCUACUCGCCCACCGAGGAAGAGUUCCCUGAUGUCCCACAGACGUCGACGUCUACACGCUCCGCAGGCUUGCUCGGGCGCCCGAGGCGCAACAGGAACAGCUUUGCCAGCGACCCUUCCAGCGAGCAGGAGGCCGACCCCGAGACCAUCACCUCCAAGCCCAAACGCAACAGAGCCAGUCUGCCUGCGUACUUUUCCCUCCUGACGACGUCAACCUCGUCGCCGACGCCGCCACGCGCACAGCGGACGCCCUCCUCGCUGCAGACUCUCACAGCAAUCACGCGGUCGUUCCAAUCAUCACCUCCCACACCCCGUGUUGCGGCCCAUCCCGUCCUUGAUCCUGUCACGGCGUUCUCCCAGGUGCACGCAAAGCCUCAGCCUAGCCCCAGCGAGGCACCGCAGCGCGGCCGCGGUCGCAAGCGUGACUCGGAGGCGCGCUCGGCAUCGAGCCGUCGGUCGACACAGCGCUCUCCUCCGCGUCAAUCGCGGCCGCGCGCCUCGCACUCGCGUUCACCGCCCCCCUGUGCGCACCGUCGUGGACACAUCGGCCCGCAGGCCCGCGCGCGCUUGGACAGCAUCGAGAAGGUCGCGGACUGGAUGUCCAGCAGCCCUGCCGUGCCCAUGCGGGGGCGGGCGCUCACCCGCCGCAACUCUUCGCCGCCGGUGAAACCCAGGUUGGACGCCAUGCUUGGAGAGGCAACCGAGGAGGACGAUAUCGCGGCCGUGCGGGAGGUGCUCGCGAGGAGUCUCCACUUCCACCCUGAACACGACGAUGUCUAUGUCGCUAACCGGGACCGUAGGGGCCGGCGGCGACCUGAUGAGUUGGACUCGGCCCCUCUUGGCGUCGACAACUACCGUGCACCAGGGUACGGUGGUGGUCGCAGCGGCUUGAUGUCGCGCGAGCGAGAACGUGGGCGGACUUUCGUGCGGCACUAG